AUGUGCAUGAAUUCAAAUAUUAUAAACGUUCAACAUGCUUCGAGAAUUUCUUCCUGGAUUAACCAAAUUAGUAAAAAUUCACCGCCAUCACCAUCAUCGUUACCACCAUUAUCCAAAUUAGAUUUUCUUGAUCAUGAUACUAAUUAUAAUGAGAAUAGCAAUGAUCUUGAUCUUAAUAUCAGCAACGAUAAUAAUAGUGGCAUUGGUGAUCGUAGAUACGAGUUUGAAUUUAAAUUGUUAUUAAGAGGAAGCGAAAACGGGUUUACACCAAAAGUUUUUCAUGAUUUAUGCGAUAACAAAGGCCCAAACGUGGUAAUAUUAAAAAUACGUGAAACUGGUCAAAUUAUUGGAGGUUAUAAUCCAAUUGGUUGGAGAAGUUUGGCAAAAAGUCGUUGGCAAUAUACUAGAGAGAGUUUUCUGUUUAGCUUUGGUUACGAAGCUAUUUAUGAUGAUCCAAAUUUUGGUCCUUGUUUUGGUAAAACUGAUUUAGAUAUGAGAAAACAAUUCAACGAACCAAAUAAUUGUUCGGCUAAAAAAACUUGUUAUAAAAACAACAUUACAAAUAAUGGUAAAUUUUCCGUAGAAGAUUAUGAAGUAUAUCAAGUUUUAGCUCAUUCU